AGACAGCUUUCUUUCUCGGCUAAGCUAAACCCUCACCCACAGCCGCAGCAGAGCAGAGGGAGAGUAGAUAAACCCAACCCAAACCCCUCCCUCUCUCCCUCCAUUCGAACCAAACCCGAGGGAGCCGCCGCCCGCGGAAUCCAAACUUUUUCCCUCCAUCCCCUUCCCCGCGCGAUCAAUCGAUCGCUUGAUCAAGCGCUUGAUCGAGCGAUCGGAGCCGAUCGGGGAGCAGCGGCGAUCAGGAAUCGAUCCGUGCUCCGCAUACAAGAUGUCGCCGGCGGAGAUGGAGUCCGACAAGGUCGUUGAGGCGGCGGCGGAUCCUGAGGAGCGAGGCGCUGGCGACCCCAAGGCCUGCGACGACUGCAACACCACCAAGACGCCGCUCUGGCGCGGCGGACCCAACGGACCAAAGUCGCUGUGCAACGCGUGCGGGAUCCGGUACCGGAAGAGGCGGCGGGUGGCCAUGGGGCUCGACCCGGAGGCCAAGAGGAAGCCCAAGAGGGACGACGCCGCCAUAUCCAUAUCCAAGGCAGCAGCCGAAGCAGCAGCACAGGCUUCUACUACCAAGGAGGAGGACACCAAGGCAGGGGACCAGAAGGCCGACGAUGAGAAGGCGGCCAAGAAGACCAAGAAGACGGCGACGACGCACACCGUGGAGCUCCACAUGGUUGGGUUCGCCAAGGACGCGGUGCUGAAGCAGCAGCAGCGGCGGCGGCGGCAGAUGCGACGGAGGAAGCCGUCGUGCCUGGGCGAGGAGGAGCGCGCCGCCAUCCUCCUCAUGUCACUCUCCUCAGGCGUAAUAUACGCCUGACCCAUCCUUAGUCUUUGAUCACCUGCACCUUUGAUGGGAUAGAUCCCAGAUGAAUAUGAAGAGAAUCGUUGAGUUAAUAAUCAUCUAUGUUAUGAUGAUGUGCUCCUAGAUUAGCAACCUACCUAUGUUGGUUGGUUGCUGCUUACCGUUCUUUCGUUGCUAGCUAGUUGUUGGUAGUGAGUGAGUACUUGAUCGUCGUCAUGUUACUGUUAAUGCCUGUUUGUGUUUGUCCUAAGUAUGUACCGUCUGACUUGAUCUGCAAUGCAAUGCAAUGCAAUGCUCUUCUCUUGUGUGAUGAUGCAUCUUAA